AUGUCUGCCGCCGAAGAAGCGGACAAAACGGCCAACGCGGAUGCUAGCGGUGGAGACGAAGAGGAGGAAUGGCUGUAUGGAGAUGAGACUGAGGGCAAAGAAGAGGACGAAGAAGCCAAGGCGACUGCUGAUGACAGUGCUCCUACUGAGGCCCCUGCUGAGGUCGCGACAGAGGAAGCUGCUGAACAUGCCACAGGAAAUGGUGUGGCUUCAGAGGAACAGGCUACUGAGGACGCGGCAGGCGAUGAUGCUGAAAGUGACAGCGACAGUGAUGAUGACGAUGACGACGUCCGCGUCACCAUUGGGGACAUUAAAACCGGGGCGCCACAAUAUUCACCAUAUGGUGCUCCACCUGUUAAUCUGAACAUUAAAACAACUGGCUCCAGAUCAUAUGGACAAGUUAGCACAAAACUGAAAGGAGUCGAUCUUGAUGCUCCCGGGAACAUUAAUGGUGUCUCUGUGCUGGAAGUCGAUUUGGAGGGGUUUGAAGAGAAGCCCUGGAGGAAACCAGGGGCGGAUUUGUCAGACUACUUUAACUAUGGCUUUAAUGAGGACACAUGGAAGGCUUACUGUGAGAAACAGAAACGAUUGCGCAUAGGCCUGGAAGUUUCAUCUGGAAGCUCGGUGACAAGCAAAAUUACCGUCCAGCAAGGCAGGACAGGCAACGACAAGGAGAUAUCCAGUCUUGCUGUUCACACUUCCAAAUCUGACUUUUCCUCUCCGGUCAACAUAUACAAGUCUUCUGGUGGUCAAGGCACCAGGAUCUCCCCCCCUCAAUGGACUGGCCCGCCUGUCCCGGAUAUGUCCUAUUAUACGAAAAGCAGCGGAACCAUAGAUGUAAUUGGUGGAGGGACAGCAACUAUCAGCAGGGUCGAAGGACGACGCCGGCACAACUUAGAUGGCAAUAACAUCCAGGUGAUAUCUGAGCACUCGACAUCAGAUGCCGAUUCAGCCCCCACGAAGAUGCCCACCUUCUUCCCUCCUGGACCCUUGCCUCCAAACAUCCCCCCUCCUCCUUUUCUCCCUCCGCCCCCCAACGUCAGCUCGGCACCCCCUCUCAUCCCACCGCCUCGAUUGCCCAUCACAGUUCCCCCUCCAGGGUUUCCGCCUCCACCCAGUGGUCCCCCACCUUCAAUCAUUCCCACCAUGGACGGCCAUGGUGGUUACGACGGACGCGCUAUCCCACCGUAUCCCUUCCCUCAAGGUGCAUACCCUCCCCCCAUGGCUGGAGGCGUGCCUACUUGGCCACCCCUAAUGGAUAACUCCAAACCGUGGGACUACUAUCCCCGUCGUGACGACAAAAGAGACAAGGACAGAGAGCGGCCCCGAGAGAGGACGCAUGAGCGGGAGCGAGACAGGGAGCGGGAGAGGGACCGAGAUCACAGCCCCCCAGGAAUCGCCUACGCCAGCGAUGAGGAGCGCUAUCGUUAUCGCGAGUACCAGGAACGCGGGUACGCAGACCGUCAUCGCGAGCGAGCCAGCCGCGAGAAGGAGGACCGACACCGGGAGAGGCGGCAUCGGGAGAAAGACGAGGGCCGCCACAAGUCAUCUCGCAGCAGCAGCAGCAGGAGGAGGCACGACAGUGAAGAGGCCGACAGCCACCGGCGGCACAAACACAAGAAGAGCAAGAGGAGCAAGGAGGGCAAAGAAGCCAGCGAAGACAUGGGCGGAGACCAAGAGAACCAGGAGGCCAUGGAAUGA